CACGACGGCCGCGGAAGAGCUUCCGUUCACGUCUCACGGCCCUCGCCCGUUAGUGGGAGAUGCCGUAUAUAACACACAAACACAGUACCACGGCAUGCACUUACCGAAUCGCAUCAUCAUGAAGGUCUUCGUGUGUUUAUUGUUCGUGGCCGUAGCUCACGCUGGCUACAUUGGUGGUGGCAGUAGCGGAUGGUCCGGCGGUGGCGGUGGCGGCGGUGGAUAUGGCGGUGGCGGCGGUGGAUGGUCCAGUGGCGGACUCGGAGGAUGGUCUGGAAGCGGUAGCGGAGGCUGGUCAAGCGGAGGCGGAAGUGGUGGAUGGUCCGGCGGAGGUGGUGGUGGUGGUUGGUCCGGCAGUGGCGGCCAUGGUGGCAGCGGUGGACAGGUGAAGAUAAUCAAAAUCAUAUCUAGCGGAGGCGGCGGCGGCGGCGGCGGUUAUGGUGGUGGUUUCGGAGGCGGCCACGGCGGAGGUUUUGGCGGCGGCAGCGGCUGGAAAAGCGGUGGAGGAUGGUCCAGCGGCGGAAGCGGUGGUGGCUGGAAAAGUGGCGGCGGAGGUGGUGGUGGAUGGAAACUUGGCGGAGGAAGCUAUGGAGGCUCAAGUCUAGGCGGAUACGGAGGUGGUUCAGGAUGGAAAUCCGGUGGCGGUGGCGGUGGCGGCGGCGGAUGGUCAAGCGGCGGCUCAUCUGGCUGGUGGUGAUUUUACGACAAUAAACUGAUACCUCUCUA